CUUUUAUGAGAUAUAUAUAUAUAUAUACUCCUAAAUAAAAGAAGCAACAUAAACGAUAGUAAGACAGAGAAACUCAUUAUAAAAGAAACGAUCGACGAGUAAUAGGAGCAGAAGGAACAAGAACAGUGCCGGUAGACAGCUGUAGGAGACGCACACGGCCCUGAUUUUCGCGAAACACCCAAGGAAGCGCACCAAGCCGAACGAAGCACCAAAGCUUUGUUAGCGCGUUGCAUGCGUUUUCAAACACUUCCCGGUCCACGGUGUUACGCAAUAUUCCACAACCAUCGAAAUCGCGUUGUGUGCGUAAACAGACACGAGAGAAUGCACAUUUUCGCAAUUACACGUCGAGCUGCCGAAAGAAUUACCGCGCUAUCCGCCGAAGAUAGUGGAAAAUGCGAAAAACAUACUCGCACUGUACGGAGGUACAAGGCAAACUAUUGGAUUUUGUAUGGCAAACAAGGAACCGAUUGGCCGCCUAGCGGGACGGGGAAAGUCGACAAAUCGAAUGGUGGGGGAUAUCGAAGAAGAGUAGGAGCACUCGUACAGGAGCGUAUCAUUGGGUACACAGCAAGUGCACUUCUUCGAGCCGUUAUAGAAGUACUUCUGCCCCUUCGCUAACGCUCCCUUUUCAUCUUUGCCACUCCUCUUUCGUUCUUUACCCUUUCUUUUAUAGAUUUACCCCCUAAAGAUUGCGUAGCCUUGAAAUAUGCAUGUCCAACUUAUUUUUAGGCAAUUUAACAAAUUUAACGUAAGAAAAUUUUAAGGUUUACUGUCAGUGAACUUAAUUAAGAACAAGUAAUUAUGGCAUUCAUCUCUGAUCUAUGAAAGAACUCCAAACACGAUAAUUGGACAUACACAAAGCACGACAUACCUGCCUGUCAUUUUUAUAACAAUAUUCUGACGCGAGAAAUUUAAUAUUUCUUUUCGCAAUUUCCAUUUAACGAAGAAAAAUAAUGAAAGUUUUAUUUUUAUGCGCGAAUGCAUCAUCAAUUUCGACGUGAUCACCCAACGUGAACUCGACUCGACUUUGAUAUGACUCAACUUCGUCACAAUUACAGAAUGAAAGUUUGUCCAAAUUUUGUAGAAAAAUCGAGAAGAACAUUGACAAAAAUUUAUUUCUUGCUCUUAGUAAAUGCACAGAUAUAUCGUUAUAAAAAUCAUAAUUAUUAUUUAUUUGAUGUGGCAAUCGCAAUGGUUAAUAUUCUUUUUAAAUAUAGGAAAACAAGAAAAUCCUAUCUUUGGAAAUAAAGGUGACACGGCCCUGUUAAUCGUGGCGGCGAAGCCGCCAAGAUGCGUGCGCAUCGCAUGAGAUAUCCAAGCGUCGACCCACUCCCCUUUCCCACCCGCCUCUCCGAGAAGUCGCCAUCUUCGUGUUCCAACAGCUGUUCCAAAAAGCGAGCGAACUCCCCAUCGUAAUUGGGUCAUGAAAACUGCGCAAAACCCCGUACGUUCAUAAAAAAUGACGCGCGUUUAUGAAAAAAUACGUGUUCAGUUAUGAAAAAUUUUUGCUCAAUCUAAAUACUAAGUAACAAACAUUGUAUCUAUCUUUGAACCAUGGAUUACCACGAUAAAUGUGUGAUUCGGUAGAGGCAGGCAUUGCGUAUCUGUCAACGAGCUUGACUGGUUCUGCGACGAAAGAGCCGAGCGUUGAUUGGUCGAUUUUGUUUCGACAGGUCAACCUACGGCGCGCAAGUCUCGAAAUACGAAACGAAUGCAGUUGAACGCUAAAACGACAAGUUGUAUGCUUCUGUAUCUUUUCUUUCUCUCUCUUUUCCUUCUUUGACUUCUCUUUGUCCAUAAACAUUGACAAAGUGGCACCUAGCGGAUAUAUGCACCGCUUGGUACCACAUGGCACCGAUAUUAACGUUACGUUCACACCGUUAAAUUCUAACCUCUAAUUUGCUUAGACUCGAUUACGAACGAUUAGAGGAAGUAGAUUAAUAUGAGACAUAGGAGUAUAAACAAGAGUACUUCACUAAAGCAAUAUUUAAUGAAACAAUAAUAAAAAGUUUAUUGGAUACAUAUUACAUAUAUAUUUAUCUGUAUAUAUGAUAUAUAUAUAUAUAUAUAUAUAUUUAUAAAAAAUGUUCAAAAAUAUUGUUGUGGGUAUAUCUGGUGGAGUAGAUAGCGCCGUGACAGCAUUGUUACUUAAAAAGAAAGGAUUCAAUGUUACGGGUGUUUUUAUGAAAAAUUGGGAUAUAUUAAACGAAAAAGGAGUAUGUCUUGCUGAAAAAGAUUAUAAAGAUGCCAAAAAAGUUUGUGAAAAACUUGAUAUUCCAUUAUUUCAAGUGAAUUUUGUCAAGGAAUAUUGGAAUGAUGUUUUUAGCACUCUUUUGGAGAAAUAUCAAUCUGGUUAUACACCAAACCCCGAUAUUUUAUGUAAUAAAAAUAUCAAAUUUGAUAAUUUUAUUCAUCUUGCACAAACUAAAUUUCAUGCAGAUGCAGUAGCAACUGGACAUUAUGUAAGAACUAAUUUUGGAUCCUAUCUUGAAAAUUUUAAACCAUAUACUGAUGUGUUUAUGUUACAAGCAUUAGAUGCUAAUAAAGAUCAAACCUUCUUUCUAUGUCAAGUGUCACAACAGUCGUUAAGGCAUUGUAUGUUUCCACUUGGAGAAUAUUUAAAAAGUGAUGUAAAAAAAAUUGCUAGAGAAGCAGGAUUAACUGAAAUAGCAGAGAAAAAGGAGAGUAUGGGUAUAUGUUUUGUUGGAAAGCGUGAAUUUCAACAUUUUAUCUCCGAGUAUAUAGAAAAUAAAGAUGGAGAUUUUGUUGCUUUUGACAAUGGCAAAGUAAUUGGAAAGCAUCAAGGUAUUCAUCAAUGGACCAUUGGUCAGAGAUGUAAAAUUUCUGGAUUGGAUGAUGCAUAUUUUGUAUUUCAAAAAGAUCUACAAACAAAUGUUAUAAUUGUAGUAAAAGGAACAAAUCAUCCAGCUUUAUACUCGGAUCUUGUAGUUGUUCAAAAUCCACAUUGGAUUGUAAAUGAACCAUUAGAACUAACAGAUAGUGAACGUAUUUUAAUUUGUGAUUUUCGUUUUCAACAUAGAAAGCCACUCAUUAGUUGCAAAGUAAUUAAAACGUUAAAUAAUCAGUUGAUUAUUCAACUUUCCCAACCUUUAAGAGCUAUUACAAAAGGACAAUAUGCUGUUCUAUACUCUGGUCAAAUAUGUUUGGGUAGUGCUGAAAUUAUAUAUCCUGGUCCAUCAUAUUUGGCACUUGGUAAAGAUAUGAAUACAUUAGAAAAAAAUCUAGCAGAACUAGUACAUAGUAAAGUGAAUGCUUACAUUUCUAGCAGUAAUUGUUAAUAUUAGAAUAAUAUCAUUUAUGUAUAAUAACAAUAUUUGUUAAAUAAAUGGAAAUAUACUUGAUAAUUUUAAAUAA